CGCGCCCAACGGACCAGGCUGGGGCCGUGAGGUAACUGUUGCAGCCCGCGGGAGCUGGGAGGCGACGCCGAGGCUCAGUCCCGAGAAGUGUCUGAGGGAAAAGGAGGGGGUCUGGGGGCAGCGGUCCCGGAGAGAAGCCCCUUCCGCCCCUCUCCUCAGCAUGUCCCGGACCCCGCUACUCUGCCGGCGCGGCGGGGACCCCGGGCCGCGGCGGCGGGCGCAGCCCUGACGCGCUGCCGAGCCAGGGGGUGCCCCCAGCGUCGGGGCCAGUCGGGAGGGAGCGCGAAAGGCCGCUGCGAUCCGAGCGGGGCGUGCCGAGCCCCCGCGGCCACCCCAGGUCCGGGCCAUGAGGAGGGACGAGAGAGACGCCAAAGCCAUGCGGUACCCGCAGCCGCCGGACGAGGCCGGCUCGCCCCCCGAGAGUCUGAGGAACGGAUAUGUAAAGGGCUGCGUGAGCCCCCUGCGGCAGGACCCUCCGCGCGGCUUCUUCUUCCACCUCUGCCGCUUCUGCAACGUGGAGUUGCUGCUGCCGCCGCCGGCCUCCCCCCAGCAGCCGGGGCGCGGCUCUCUCUUCUCCCGGGCGCGCCUCUCGCUGGGCGCCCUGGCCGCCUUUGUCCUCGCCCUGCUGCUCGGCUCGGGGCCCGAAGGCUGGGCUGCCGGGGCCGCCCGACUGCAGACCCUGCUGAGCGUCUGCUCGCACAGCCUCAGCCCCCUCUUCAGCAUCGCCUGUGCCUUCUUCUUCUUCACCUGCUUCCUGAACCGGACCAAGCGGGGCCCCGGGCCGGGAAGGAGCGGCGGCGGCGGCUCCUGGUGGCUGCUGGCGCUGCCCGCCUGCUGUUACCUAGGGGACUUCUUGGUGGGGCAGUGGGGGUCUUGGCCUUGGGGGGACGGAGACUCAGGGGCGCUGGCCCCGCGCACAGCCCCGGCGGUGGCAGGCAGGUUGUUCUUGGUGCUGAGCUGCGUGGGCUUGCUGACGCUCGCGCAGCCGGGGAGGCUCCGACACAGCAUCCCGGUGCUGCUCUUCUCCAGCUUCGUCUGGUGGGUCUCCUUCACCAGCCUUGGGGCGCUGCCUUCUGUCCUCCGUCCUCUGCUGUCCUGCCUGGUGGGGGGCGUCGGCUGCCUGCUGGCCCUGGGGUUGGAUCACUUCUUUCAAAUCAGGGAAGCUCCCCAUCAUCCUCGGUUGUCCAGUACCGCGGAAGAUAAAGUGCCUGUGAUCAGACCCCGAAGGAGGUCCAGCUGCGUGUCGUUUGGAGAAACUUCAGCCAGUUACUCUGGCAGUUGCAAAAUGUUCAGGAGACCUUCAUUGCCUUGCAUUUCGAGAGAACAGAUGAUUCUUUGGGAUUGGGACUUAAAGCAGUGGUAUAAGCCUCACUAUCAGAACUCUGGAGGUGGAAGUGGGGUUGAUCUUUCAGUGCUAAAUGAGGCUCGCAAUAUGGUGUCAGAUCUUCUGGUUGACCCAACUCUCCCCCCACAAGUCAUUUCUUCCCUAAGGAGCAUCAGUAGCUUGAUGGGUGCUUUCUCGGGCUCCUGUAGGCCUAAGAUGAAUCCUCUCACACCAUUUCCUGGAUUUUAUCCCUGCUCCGAAACAGAGGACCCAGCCGAGAAAGGAGAUAGAAAACUUCACAAGGGACUCAACAGUAGGAAUAGUUUACCAACUCCACAGCUGAGGAGGAGCUCAGGAACUUCAGGUCUGCCACCUAUGGAACAGACUUCUCCGAAGUGGGAACGCAACAAUGGAAAAAGGCCCCACCAAGAAAUUGGCAUUUCAAGUCAAGGAUGCUAUCUAAAUGGGCCUUUUAGUUCAAAUCUGCUGACAAUCCCGAAGCAAAGGUCAUCUUCUGUAUCGUUAACUCACCAUAUAGGUCUAAGAAGAGCUGGUGCUUUUCCCAGCUUGAAUUCUCCCAGUCCUGGACCAGUGUCUGCUGCCUCUCUAACUAACCGAUCACCUAUAGAAUUUCCUGACACUGCUGAUUUUCUUACUAAGCCAAGUGUUAUUUUACACAGAUCCCUGAGCAAUGCACCCAAUUCACCAGAUUUUUACCAGCAGCUUAGAAAUUCUGAUAGCAAUUUAUGUAACAGCUGUGGACAUCAAAUACUGAAAUAUGCUUCAACAUCUGAAUCGGAGUCUGGUACAGACUGCCACAGGGGAAAGUCAGGUGAUGAAGACAGCACCAUUUUCUCAAAAGCGUCAUUCAAACUUACGGAACCUCAACAAGAAGUGGAAUCAGAGAACAGAGACAGCAGAAAAUUAUUUGGGGAAGGUGAUAAUCACCUCACACAAGAGGCACAGAAUGAAGAACAACCAAAUACUGAACAGGAAGCAUCACUGGAACUGAUUUUAUUAGAAGAUUAUGACUCGUUAAUAGAAAAGAUGAGUAACUGGAAUUUUCAAAUUUUUGAACUUGUAGAAGAGAUGGGAGAGAAAUCAAGAAGGAUCCUCAGUCAGGUUAUGUAUACCCUAUUUCAAGACACUGGUUUAUUGGAGAUAUUUAAAAUUCCCACUCUACAAUUCAUGAACUAUUUUCGUGCAUUAGAAAAUGGUUAUCGAGACAUUCCUUAUCACAAUCGUAUACAUGCCACAGAUGUCCUACAUGCUGUUUGGUAUCUGACAACGAGGCCAAUUCCUGGCUUACAGCAGAUCCACAAUGAUCAUCGAACAGGAAAUGAAACAGAUUCUAACGGUAGAAUUAACCCUGGGCGAAUUGCUUACAUUUCUUCGAGGAGCUGCUCUAUUCCAGAUGAGAGCUAUGGUUGCCUAUCUUCAAACAUUCCUGCGUUGGAAUUGAUGGCUCUAUAUGUGGCAGCUGCCAUGCAUGAUUACGAUCACCCAGGGCGGACGAAUGCGUUUCUAGUGGCUACAAAUGCCCCUCAGGCAGUUUUGUACAACGACAGAUCUGUUCUGGAAAAUCAUCAUGCUGCAUCAGCCUGGCAUCUGUAUCUUUCUCGCCCAGAAUACAACUUCCUUCUUAAUCUUGAUCACGUGGAAUUCAAGCGCUUUCGUUUUUUAGUCAUUGAAGCAAUCCUUGCCACAGAUCUUAAAAAGCAUUUUGAUUUCCUUGCUGAAUUCAAUGCCAAGGCCAAUGAUGUAAAUAGUAAUGGUAUAGAAUGGAGUAAUGAAAAUGAUCGCCUCUUAGUAUGCCAGGUGUGCAUCAAACUGGCAGAUAUAAAUGGUCCAGCAAAAGUUCGAGACUUGCAUUUGAAAUGGACAGAAGGAAUUGUCAAUGAAUUUUAUGAGCAGGGAGAUGAAGAAUCAAAUCUUGGUUUGCCCAUCAGUCCCUUCAUGGAUCGUUCUUCCCCUCAACUAGCAAAACUCCAAGAAUCUUUUAUCACCCACAUAGUGGGUCCCCUGUGUCACUCCUAUGAUGCUGCUGGUUUGCUACCGGGUCAGUGGAUAGAAGCAGAAGAGGACGAUGAAACUGAAAGCUGCUAUGAAGAAGAUGGUGAAGAAUUAGAUACAGAGGAUGAAGAAAUUGAAGACAACCUAAAUCCUAAACCACAAAGGAGGAAAGGCAGGCGGCGAAUAUUUUGUCAGCUAAUGCACCACCUCACCGAAAACCACAAGAUAUGGAAAGAAAUAAUAGAGGAAGAAGAGAAAUGUAAAGUGGAUGGGACUAAACUGCAGGUGGAGAAUUCUUCCUUACCUCAAGGAGAUGAGAUUCAGGUCAUUGAAGAAGCAGAUGAAGAGGAAGAGAGACAGCUGGAAUAAAAGAAAGGGCAUAAGGCCCCAAGGGCUGCACCAGGUGGGGGAAGUCACUGCCUAGUGCUCACUGUGCUGACUCUGAAAGGACCAGACCGCUCCUCGGAGACAGGCCUUGACACUUUGAGAAGACCCUUGCUGUGCUGCCAGUGUCCCACUCUGGUGCACUUUCACCGCAUGAACUAAAAACGUAUCCACAGAGCUUGGCUUCAGACGACUUGUGUUGCCAAGCUCUUAUUUAAUGCCUUUACUGGUGUAUAAAUACUUUGUUGUAAUACUGCUUUGCUGGCUAGAAGGCUCUUAUUUUUCAUGAGGGGGGAGCUAUAACUAAAAACUCAAGUGACUUCAAUUUCCAAAGUGGCCAGAACUUUUUUGCUUUCAUGAAAACAGGAUUCAAAACAAACAAAGAAACAGAAACAAAACAACACAUACACCAAAAAUAGGACUCAUAUUUCCAAAUGUGUCUUUUAUGUCUUGGGAUGUUUUAGGAAGGAAAAAAAAAAUCUGUGCCUAUCUGAAAAAGAAAUCCAGUGUUGCCUUGAGGUGUCUGUUCAAUGCAAGUACAAUGUUCAGUGCUGUUCUCCAGCUAGGUUUAUCCAUGAAGGACUGAGUAACCUUUGUUAUAUUUAACAAAAUCCAGGUGCAUCAAUUUCUGAUGCUUUUUACUGCUGUUACCUACCGUGUGUUCUUUCUGUUUGGGGUACUCAGGUUUGCUUUGGAUGUCAGAAGUCUGAAUUCCAGAUUCAUUGACUCUAUAUUCCAUGGCUGAAUUUUUAAAGGUGUUUAGUUUUAAUAAUGAAGGGAUUUUAUUCUUUAGUCAAAACUGUUCUUAUUUUUACUCUUGCUCAGGAUUAGUAUUUUUAAACAUUUAGUUUAAUAUAAACACAGCAGAGACUUGUCAGAAGGAAAAAAAGUAUCUUAAUAUUGAUGUUUAACCGUCUAUGAAAUGAACAUUAUUUUCUCUCUUCUUACAUAAAUUUGAGACUAAUUAAAGCCAAGAAAAAGAUGUGUAUCUUUUGCCUUAAUACAGAAGUUAAAUGAAAUUCAUCACAUCAGAGAUAAAGAACAUGUGAAAUAGUGUGAGCUCUAAACGCCACAUACAUUGAAUAAUUGGAAUAUGUGCUUAUCUUUAGGUCCAUAUCUUGGGUGUCAUGUGUUUAGUUACUGUAAAACUAAUGUUCAUCUUUCUGUUCAUUUCCUUCUGCCAUGAGACUACGUGACAGAAAUGACCUGUGACUACUCAAUACUUCUAGAGCCAAACUGCAAGCUUAAUUUUUGAGAUAAAGUAAAUUUUGGGAGUACUGAUUUAAUUUUUAUAUUAAAAAAUCUAAAUAUUUUAGUAAAUCAUUUUACACAAAAGCACAUUAAGAUAAUUGCAAAGAAAAUAGAACAUGUUUAUAUACUUGUUGGGGACCAAAUAUAGCCUAGUUGUGGAAAUUUUUUGAAGAUAAAGAGAACAGCCAAAAUAAUAGCAAGACGGUAGACUAAUAUUUUUCAUUAUUUUUGGAAACCAUAUUAUAUUGGGUCCAUGCACCUUUUGUUGAUAAUGAAACCAUUAAUUUUCAAAGGUAAUUCUUUUAUUUAAAGUAUGUCAGCAGGCAGUUUCUUACCUUCCUAGAAUAUUUAGCUUAUCUAAAAGAUAUCAAUUAAAAAUCUAUGUUAGUGUUGAAUGUCUUGAUCCUGUAUGGUAUCAUAAUAUUUAAUGACUCACUAAGCUUUAUUUAUUAGAUACGUUGCGUGUUGAGUUCCUUCCUACUACUUUUGCUACCAUUGCCACAUCACUGUAAACUGGUCCUUCAUUACUGAGUAAUAAAAUUUUAACUAAUUUAUUAUUGAGUUCGCCCUUAUAAUGUAUAUAUCCUGUGCUUCUGUUUCUCUAGAGUACAUUUUACAUAUUUCUGCUAUUGCAAAGUAUAUAUAUAUAUAAAUUCACACAUGUGCAUGUAUGCAUAAUGAGACUCAAAUUUCCUCACUUUCUAUUUUAUUAAAAUUUUGUACUGGGC